GGACGUGUUGUCCAAGGUUGUUUUGUCAUCAUGGUUGAGAUUUGAGAGGAGGGAGGAUGAACUUGAAGGUGUGUCUUCAAUGGAGUGUGGUGGUUGCAUCCUUGAAUGUCCAAAAUUGAAUUUGGUAAAUGGGUUUAGUCCCUUUUCGGUUAAUGAUAAGUGUCAGUGUCCAAAAGAGUCAAAGCAAGAAAACAUCACAGAGAGUAGUCUGUUUUUGCCAUAUGAGGAAAAGGAUAUUUCUUUCUGCAUUGGAGAUGAGGAAAUCCAUUGUGUUAGGUGGCGAAUGGCAGAACUUUCAGACCCUUUUAAGGCCAUGUUAUAUGGUGGAUUUGCAGAGUCCCAAAUGAGGAAAAUUGAUUUCACAAAAGGUGGAAUUUGCUCAAAAGGUAUGAAGGCAGUGGAAUUGUACAGCAGAACAAAAAGAUUGGAUUCCUUUUGUCCUUUAACUCUAUUGGAGCUUCUUUCCUUUGCCAAUAGGUUCUGUUGUGAGGAGAUGAAGUCUUCCUGUGAUUCUCAUUUGGCUUCAAAUGUUGACAAUAUUGAUGAUGCUUUGAUACUUAUCGAGUAUGGAUUCGAGGAGCGAGCGCCUCUCCUUGUGGCAUCCUGCUUGCAAGUGUUGCUCAGGGAGCUUCCCAGUUCUUUGUACAAUUUGAAUGUGAUGAAACUUUUCUGUAGUUCUGGGGCGAAGGAACGGUUGGCCAUGGUGGGGUAUGAUUCUUUCUUGCUCUACUGUUUCCUAAGCCAGGUUGCUAUGGAGGAAAGCAUGGUAUCGAAAACCACAACAAUGUUGCUGCAAAGAUUGGAGGAAUGUGCACUGGAAAGAUGGCAGAAGGCCCUUGCAUACCAUCAACUGGGGUGUGUUCUGCUCGAAAGGAAGGAAUAUAAGCAUGCACAACAUUGUUUCGAGGCGGCAGCAGAUUCAGGUCAUGUGUAUUCUGUUGCAGGCUUAGCCAGAACAAAGCACAAGCAGGGUCAACCAUAUUCAGCCUAUAAGUUAAUUAGCUCUCUCAUAUUCGAGCAUAAACCAGCCGGGUGGAUGUAUCAAGAGCGCGCAAUUUACAAUAUGGGAAGGGAAAAGAUUAUUGAUUUGGAUGCUGCAACUGAAUUAGACCCCUCCCUUUCAUUUCCUUACAAGUAUAGAGCUCUGGCAAAGGUUGAGGAGAAGCAGAUAAAAGAUGGGAUUUCGGAGCUUGAUAAGAUUAUUGGAUUCAAGCUCUCUGCAGAUUGCUUAGAAUUACGAGCAUGGCUAUUUAUUGCGCUUCAGGAUUAUGAAAGCGCAGUCAGAGAUAUUCGCGCAAUGUUAACUUUAGAGCCAAGUUACAUAACCUUACAAGGGAAGGUCACAGGGAAAUAUCUGCUUCACCUCCUUAUCCAGGAGGUGCAGCGAAAGAGUCAGGCCGAAUGCUGGAUGCAACUGUAUGAACAAUGGUCUUCGGUGGACGAUGUUGGUUCAUUGGCCAUUAUACAUCAGAUGCUGGAGAAUGAGCCUGGAAAGAGCCUUCUAGAGUUUCGUCAGUCGCUACUACUCUUGAGGUUAAAUUGUCAAAAGGCGGCGUUGUGUAGUUUGAGGAUGGCUAGGAACCAUUGUAGUUCAAUCCAAGAAAGGCUAAUCUAUGAAGGAUGGAUUCUGUAUGAUACUGGCUACCGGGAUGAGGCUCUUGCAAGGGCUGAAAGGUCCAUUGCAAUUCAGAAAUCAUUUGAAGCCUUCUUUUUGAAAGCAUAUGUGUUGGCAGAUACAAGUCUUAACCCUGAAUCCUCUUCUUAUGUUAUCGAACUUCUGGAAUCGGCGCUUAAACGUCCUUCGGACGGUCUUCGAAAAGGACAAGCUCUAAAUAACUUAGGGAGUAUUUACGUGGAUUGUGGUAAGCUUGAUCUUGCAAAAUCGUGCUACAAGAAUGCCUUGGCGAUUCGCCACACGAGAGCUCAUCAAGGUCUAGCACGUGUUUAUCAUCAAAAGAAUCAGCGAAAAGCUGCGUAUGACGAGAUGACCAAGCUAAUUUCGAAGGCAGAUAGCAAUGCCUCAGCAUAUGAGAAGCGCUCAGAAUACUGUGACCGCGAGAUGGCAAAGGUUGAUCUUGAUGUAGCAACACAACUUGAUCCUUUAAGAACUUAUCCAUACAGAUACAGGGCAGCAGUGAUGAUGGAUGAGCAAAAGGAGACGGAGGCCGUGGCGGAGCUUAGCAAGGCCAUCAAUUUCAAGCCUGACAUGCAAAUGCUUCAUCUGAGAGCAGCAUUCUAUGAGUCAAUGGGGGACUUAUCCUCUGCUCUUCAAGAUUGUCAAGCAGCUCUUUGCUUAGAUCCUAACCACACCGACACCCUCGACCUCUAUCAAAGGGCGCAGAAGCUUCACUUUCAAUCUUAAAUUGUCGUUACGAUUUUGUUAUGCUGUCCAAAAUCUGUUACAUUUUCCCUCAGAAUUAAUCUUGGUUGAAGAAAAGAUGAACAAAACAAGAUUUGAGUCACGUGUUUUACAUGAUCAAACAGGAGGAUGGAUUAUUCAGGCUACUCCAUCAUUGGUAUGAUAUGAUAUGAUAUGGAUUCUUCUGAGGCAUAUUGAGAUGUAGAAUUUGUCUCAGACAGUUUACACAUCUUGUACAGUGACAUGAAUAUAAUUUAUAGAGGUUCACAUUUCACACAUA